UUUCAUUCAGUCGCGUAUUGUGUGUGUUUUGAGGUAGAUGUGUUACUAUCGUUCGCAACGCUUUGGAAGCGUGCUUACAAAAUUGUAAAAGUAUUGUUCAAAUUCACGUGUUCCAAACAAUUUUUUUAGUAAAGUGUCGCAUUGUCAGUAAUAGUGGUGGUUCGGUAACAAUAACUGUGAUACAAACCAAUGUUUUCGUGUGUUAUUAAUAGAUUUUUAUUUUUGUGUUGACUGAAGAUGCUCUAUGGAGUGGUACUACCAUCGUUAUGGUGAUUGCAUAGUGUUUAUUAGACACAACAAGUGGUAAUUGUCGUAGCCAUGGCUGUGAUUAAUUUUAGCGUGUGUUUUCUACUGGUCUUGUACCAGUUCUCGGCUGCUUACAGUGAAGAUGGAUCGUCGGAGUCCACAGAUAUCGGAUUGAAUGAAGCCAAAGAAACCGAUCGAGAUGGAGUUCGGUGUUAUUGCAACACUGCGCAAUGUGUUAGCACGGGGUACAUGUGUCGGUCUCCACGUGGCGGCGGCUGUUACAGCGAACGUCCAGCUCCCAGACACCACUCUAGGCACGGAUGUCUCCAUCAUUUGACUGAAUCAGAAGAAGCGGUGCUAUCUUAUUGCCAGAAUACUCAACUCGGUAUUGGACCGCCCCCUGCUCCGGCCCACUCUCCACUUCAUUGCUGCUUCAAAGAUUUGUGCAACCAUGAAGACAGUCCACUGGCGAGAGCUAGACUGAACCUCACUAAUGAAUUAGAUUCGAACCCGGUGUCGAGUGAACGCGGAGCCAACUACAACGGCGAGGUGUGGUUCAAGGCGGCGACCAUCGCCGUGCCGGUGUGCGGGGCUCUCAUACUGUUCCUGCUCGUAGCUGUCGCCGUCAAGCUGCUAAAGGCGGACGCUCUGCUGCACAGCGACAGGAAACUAAGGGGGGGUUACAUGUCGCCGCUGUCUCAACACAACUUGGAAGACGUGAAGAAAGUCUGGGUGGGGACGUCGGCACCUCUGUUGGUCGCGCCGGGCGGUUGUCUGGUCGCAGUCGAACGGGCCCAUUUGGUCGACGUCCCCCAAUCUCAACAACUCUGUGAUAUUCGAUAAACAACUUGGCCGAGGAAGACACGUCUCGGGUGCCACGAAGGCCUUAUGAUAUCCAAAAUACCAAGGUUCCGGAAAAACUUGAUUUCACUGGACUGUUGUUGGCGAUUUUCCGAGAAUUUUAGGCAAAAUCUGCGUAUCGUUAUUGUGAAAUUACCACGGCUUAAGGGCCACGAAAGGGUCAUAUUGGAUUUCAUUUGAUUAAGUCCGUUGUACCCGAGGCGCGUGACAAUACUGCGACAGGUUGUAGUGAAACGGUGAUUCUGUGUUGUGAUUGGUUGUUACUGAGCACGUGUUUGAUGUUUUUUUUUUUUGUUAACGGAAACUUCCAGAAGUUUUUUAUCAAACACGAAAAUUACACGACUGAUUUUAGUGAAAAUUUCGAUUUCCCCGGAAAUUGUAUGAUGAAAUUUUAAAGCUUGAAUAUGGAGGAAACAAUGUGAAAAAAUUGAAUCUAUAAUGUAAAUUGAUCUCAGAUUUGUAUGUAGCGACACCGUUUCACAAAUAAGCCGGCAUUUAUACCAAAACUACCACAAUGUAUAUUUAUUAUCUUUAAUAGUUUUUUUUCCUUGUAUAAGUUCUAUUCCUCUAUGGUUAUCUUUGCACUACUGCUAAUGUUAGAAUAUUUCAAAGCGUAACUAUUUAAAUGUUACCACAAGAAUAUUAUGGACAGCUUCGAAGGAGUAUUUUCUUACUUUGUAUUGUUUUAAUCAAUUUAAACACAUUUUGUUUGUAGUAUAUUCUGUUUUAGGCUGUAUAUGCUGUAAUCCCAGCGUCUGGCAUUAACAUUUUCUAAGUGUCAAAUUUGACACUUGACAUUUGAGUUAGUUACAAAUGUCAUAAUACCGUACAAUGGGGUAAAUAGGGACAAAAUCGACCUUCAGAUUGAAUUUUAAAAUAGUUCCAAUUAAAUAGUCACUGCUCAACCAAAGAAAUAAGUUGAGUCUUGAACGUACCUAGGUGAUAAAAACCGUUACAUUAUUUUAAUUAUUCAUUUUAAAGAAAUAAUCGGUAAAAUAAUGGCCGUCCCAAUUUACCCAGCGUCCGGGGUAAAUUGACACGGUUAGGGGUUAAAUUGGGAUAUUUGUAAGGGUUGUCAACUCGCAGUACUGCGAUAUAUAGGUAGGUGCCAUAUAAUUAUUUAUAUGGACCGAAAUGAUGAAUACAAUCCAUAAUUUAAGCACAAUACACAACAUAGUGUAAAUUAAGCUGGUUUCUAUUCCGAAGCGAUGUGACGUGAAUGAUAAUCAACAAUACAAUGAUCAAAAAAAGUAUGUGCAUGUUAUAUUUUAGCAAGAGUAAGAUAUCAGGUGAAUAAGAUAAAAAAACAGCUUUAUCUGAUUACUGCCAAUAAUAACAAAAAAUAAAAGAAAUUCUUUCUAAGCGAAAUAACUAAACUCAAUUAAUUCACUCACUCAUAAUUGGAUAUCUCGGAUUUUUAAUUAAUGUUACAUUUAAAAUCUGAGGCUUGUUUUUAUUUGUGUGUGUUCGUUGUGAAUGUUAACAAAAUCAUGAUUCGAUGCGUGAAUAGAUUCUGAAAUAACAAAAGUUUUGAUUCGUUUGAGUUCUUUUAACUUUUAAUUUUUUUUAUUACUAUAAAGAACAUACGACCGGGCAGAUAUUACAAGGUAAAUGUCGCGAAAAAAAAGUAAUUAUAUAUAUACUUUUCUUUUACCUAUAAUACUUACAUAAACUAACUGAUAAACACAUUAACCUUCUUUACAUCACGCAAUUAAGUGAUAGUAUAGGCUAAAAAAUCUAUUUUAAGAUAUCAGUGACAACCCUAACAAGCCAUCCCUAUUUUGUCUUUUGGCGUUCCAAUUUUGUGUUUUCUCGUCCCUAAUUUUUCCAAUCUCGUUCCAAAUUACUCUACAUACGUCCCAAUUUUCCCCAAAAAGAAAGGAAAAAAUAUACAUUUUUUAUUUUGUCGAAAUAUUGUAUUUAAAAUAAGAAUAUUGCAACUUACCGUUUGUUGUGGUAUUUCCAGGUGUAUUAAAAACUUAUAUAAACUGUGAUCUUAUUGAAAAAACAACGAUAAUAUCACUUUUUUUAAAAGUUCUUUAAGCUGUUUUAAAACGCACUUUUCAACCACUAUUUUCAAUUUAAUUUGACGAAUUUUUGGGACCAACUUAACUCAUAUUUAGUACUUCCAUAGUUAACUUGGUUUUUCUUCUAUACAUUGAUAAAUAUUACCUUAAAGAAAAUUAGGUAGAUUCCGUGCUACAAGUACUUUGACAAUCUUCCGCAGGUUUGUCCCAAUUUACCCCAGGAUCCCAAUUUACCCCAUGUCAUGGUAGUAGCUGAAUUUCAUGAAAUGUUGAGAAAAACAGACUUUAAGCUUAAGAACGUUAAGAUCUAUUAUAAUCUGUAAUUGUCACGUAUCUUGUAACUUCAGAGCAUUCUAUCUAUCUCACAUUUUCUUUAUCAAUACGUAGGAGCAAGAUAGUGACGUAAAACGUAGUUAGCAUUUUUAAUUUUAUAUUUACACGGUAACUCACUUCAAUAGAAUGAAAUCGAUGUGUGUUUAUUGUCAUUGUGAAAUUUGAAAUUUAAAACUACGAAUUUUUUUUCAAAUAAAUUUCAUUUUAAAUACACAGGAAGUAAUUUACCAAUGUCCUAGUUUAAAGUUGGAACGAAUGAACUAAACUUUAACCGAUUUAAAAAAAUAUACACCUGUCUUCGUACUUUCUUAUGUUUUGGAACCUCAUUGCUCUAUUCUGCUAUGAUUUUGGCGUGUUCUAACAAAAUAGACAAUAUAAAUAUUUAACUUUGUACAAAAAACAAAAGCUUAAACAUAAAAACGAAUUCACUCACGCAUUUCCUUCCAAAUGUAAAUAUUAUAAUAAGCCCGUUACCUAUAAUAAAAACGAUACAGUAAAAUACUUUGUGAGAUAUCCUAGUCCAGUAAUCUGAUUUGUUUAUAAGCAAUGUACAUUUAAAUAUAACAGUCGACUCGCAAGGGAUUUUACUUUUCGUCGAUAUUACUAUUAAGUCUCACAAAUACACUUUAAGAAUAAUGGAGAAACGAUUUUUUUUAUCUGGUAACAUCACUAUUUUGACUACACUACCAGCGCCCCUAGCGGUGGUUUGUAAGAAACGGUAGCUCAGGAACUCUCCGUUAGAGGACAAAAUCAAAAUCAAAACUUACGGAAUAAAUAAUUGACAGUUUUUUGAUUUGUUAUUGGCAUUGUUAAUAAUUUUUUUAAUAGUCCACAAGUUUUUACUACGUUAAUAAAAAAUAUAUAUAUAUUGUUUAUGUAAAAUGCACAAAUAAAUAUAAUUGUACUUUUAUUUAAAACUAAUGUAGAUAAUUUUUAGGCUUUACUAAGAUUUUACGUCACAAUCAUUUAUGAAUUAUUUAUGGGUUUUUUUUUAAAAUGCUAUAAGCUAUCCAGCAAAUGCUUAGUGCAUUAUUUAUAGAAGCACUCAUUUUUAUUGUAUAUUUUGAAACUGAACAAAUUUGGACAAACUGAGUUUCAGCCUGUCAUGUUCCAAGACAUUUUAUGGUUUAACUUAAAAAAAAAAUGCGUUUGUGUUCUAUUCUUUUGUGUCAUCCACAUUUGUUCGGUAGACCUUUAGUUUUUCGAUCCUUCUAGAAAUUUUAAGAUCGAUGCUUCCCCGAGGUGCCUUAUCCUUAGACUGGGUGCGAUAUAAUACUCUUUAUCAUAGGUUUUUUUUUAAAAUUGUAAAUACAAAAUGUAAUUUGUAAAAAAUGAAUAAAAACAAAUUAUUUUAUUACAUGA